ACUUCAGUUGUACAGCCUUUACUUGUUCGAGCUGGGAAGAAUGUACAUGAUUUGAUUACGUUAUAUAAAAAAGAGCCGCAUUUAGCUUGGAAGGAAGAGCCGAAGAAAAACCGCACACUUCCGGUUUGGCGUCGCCCGACCUUCGCACGAGGUCCUAGUUGCCGCCGGAUCUCUCAAAGCUUCAUAAACAAAGAACAUGGCUGACGUUGGGUACAACUGGCUGCUGGUCCUGUGCUCGGUGUUUGUGUGUAAUCUCGUCAAAACCUUAUUACCGUCUAUUUCCUCAGUUCUGUCAAAGGUCCUGCAGAAAGAUACCGAGCAGGAAAUGGAGAUGCGAACAGAAAUCCAGAACAUGAGGUUGGAGCUUUCGUCUAUAAGCAUGAUGGAUGAAUUCGCCAGGUACGCACGACUGGAGCGCAAAAUAAACAAGAUGACAGACAAGCUGAAAACCCAUGUCAAAUCAAGAACAGCCCGGCAGGCUAAAAUGAAAUGGAUUGUCAACAUCAUUUUCUACAUCAUUCAAGCGGUGCUCAUGAUCUCACUUAUCUGGAAGUAUUACGCAGAUCCAGUUACUGUGGUUCCCAGCAAGUGGAUUUCACCACUGGAAAGACUUGUAGCUUUUCCAUCUGGAGUUGCAGGUGGUGUUGGAAUAACAUGCUGGUUGGUGGUCUGCAACAAAGUGGUAGCCAUUGGUAUUCAUGCUUUUAGCUAAUUCCUGUUUUAAGGUGGCUCUCUACAACAAUAAAAAUUCUUAAAAAGAUCUCAAAAAAGGGUUUACACAAGGUGUUACUAUGGGAGCUAUGAAUUCCUUUAAGCCAAACUAUGCAGUUUGUUUAAAGACAUUUGGCAAGCAAAUUUUCCAAUGUAAAAUUCAAGGCUGACCGGAAAAACGCUUUCGGUUGUAUUGCAAACAAGGUUGCUUUUUGUUGUAGAUUAGUCUUUUCGAACGUAGAAUUAUAGAAUUAUAAAUUGAUUUUGCGCCUCAUUUACACAUAAACCAUCAGUGCUGUGAAUUGUGAAGGGGUUAUAGUUGAUCUCGGAUGUGAAUAUAGCUGUCCCUCUUUAUUGCACUUGUAUAUAGAUUGCCAUUAAUACAUUUACUCAAUAGUUUACAGCUAACGAAAUUAUCAUUCCUGAAUGCAUAGUAAAACAAAUAGUACUGGAUAAUGGAAAUACUAGUGACUUAGAUAUCUAGGGUUCUAGCAACACUAGAUUGCAGCCAAGGAUGGGGAAUGCUAUAUUGGAAAUCUUCUUGUGUGCAUGGAAAGGUAGCCUGGGUAGCAGUUGACAUUCAUGCAUGAUAUCCAUGAGGAGGAGACAUUAAAUAAGGACUGUUCCUGAAUGGCGCAAAACAGAAAAUUUUAUCUACAAGGUCAGUUUAAAAAAAAAUUGGCCCCCAGUGUGUGCAAGGGAAGAAUAUUACCAAGGCCUGCUAAUUUUAUUUCAGAUUUCAGACACACAGUUCAAAAUCCUGCACAUGGAUGUUCAAAAUCCUGCACAUGUUCCUAAGGGGAGGACUUAAUAGGCUUCCUAAAAUAAUGCUUUCUUUUCUUUUUAGAAAGCUUUUGUGAUCAUUUAAUGUGCCUCAGCAAGACACCAAUUGGAUUGCUGGGACAUAGUCUUCAACCUGCACUGUAAUCUGAGAGCCCGAUCAGAUUGGCAAUUCAAAGAAGCUGGUCAGACCACCAGCGAGAGCAGCAGUGGAAACCAAAGACUUACUGGCCAUUUUGGGGCCAAGAGCAUUUGUGAUUUCAGAAUUUUGUGCAGCAUGAGGUUCAGCUAUGUUCUCCCAAAUUUUCUCUCUCUCCUGGGUGCAUAUGUAUACUUAUAUGCUGGGUCAUUUGACUAACUUUUCCAAAAUCACCCCAUUGUCAGAAACAGCUGGAGAUGAGGAGACACUUCCGACUGGGUUGCGCUGGGAUUAAUCUCACUGAUUACUACAUAUUUAAGGAGCUGCAGUCAGUAAUCCUAGUGAAGUUAACUGGAGAUAAUAUCACACUCAUGUCUGAUUCUGAGAUGACAAAUUGGCUCAAGCUGCACACCAGUUAAUUGCCUGGACUUCCGAAAUUUGUGGCACUCAUUGCUCCUGAAUGGAUAUCUAUUCGCUGAAUUCAAAUUGCAUUAGUAUUAAAUGCUACAUCACAUAUGGCCUACAUGCACAAGAAGGUAUCCAGGUUGUAUUCCUCAGCCCUGCUGGUUGAAAGGGAAUCUGCUUUAUGUUUAUUACAUUUUGGUUGUAAUUGUUGAUUUUAUUUUUAAUUAAUUUAAAUAAAAGUGCAAACUUCAAUUUGAGGAAAUCUCCCUAAUAUAUCUUUUUUGGGGGAAAAAAAGAUUUGUAACAAGAUCCAUACAAACAGUGUUCUAUAUUUUAGUUAUUUGAAAAGGGUAGCAUUGGUCCACUGUGAAAAAAAGCAUAGCACCCUGGUUAGAUGUUUGAACUCAUUUGACUUUUUGGAUGUCCAUAUUGACGAUGUUACACUCAUUUAUUCUUUGUGAUGUUCGGUUUGAGUAAAUAAAUGCAAUCUGAUCAA